UGUGUUGUUUCUAGGUUAAGUGUGCCUGAAAACACACCUUUCACUGCUGUCCUGAAGUUUGCUGCGGAGGAAUUCAAAGUCCCUGCAGCUACAAGUGCCAUUAUAACGAACGAUGGAAUAGGAAUAAACCCUGAUCAAACAGCUGGAAAUGUUUUCCUGAAGCACGGUUCAGAAUUGCGGCUCAUUCCCAGAGAUCGUGUGGGAAGAUAUUGGCACAUGCAGGGUCUACUUACACUUAGAUAACAGAAGUAGCAGACAAAUAAAUAGGCACUUCACCCAAGAAUUGGCAUCUUAUGUAAUUUGCAUUUCUCUGUAAAAUCAUUGUUACCACAGUCAACUCGCAGUAAGAAAAGUAGGCAGAAUGCCGUUUUUGAACAACACCUACAGGAGAUCCUAUCACCACUACAAAACUAUCCCUGCCUUCUUCCUUUGAAGUCUCUAGGCUUCUGUUUGCUUUCAGACCUCCCCAGUUCACUUGGUUGGAGCAGGCAUUACUACCGUGGGUAAACGGAUGGAGUUUUCUGUUCCUUUGAAAUGAAUAGGAAAGCAUCUUCUGUGUUUACCAGCAAUGGGCAGCCACUUUUAUAGUCAUAGCAAAGUGGUUUGUUAAUACAUUGAUGAAAGAUUAACUUGGUUUAGACAAUGUAAUCAUGUGUUUGACUAUUAUAUUAUAAAAAGUAUUAUGGCAUAUACUUCCAGUGCUUGCUAAAAGUUUGUGUAACUAUUAGGAAUUAUUUAUUACAUUCCAAGAAAAAAAGUCCAUUUGAAUAGCAAGAAGUUACCAUUAUGGGGGGCUGUAUGCUUAAAUUGUGCUAAUGGUGGUUCAUAGAAAUCAGAGAUUUACGUUAUAUGAUGUAGAGUUUCAGGAGACAUGUUUUUAUCAGGGAAUGCAUUUUACCAUGGAUAAUAAAUUGUAUUUCUGAGCCCUACUGGUACAGAAUGUAAGUUGCUCUGGUGUACCAAGCUUGUUCCCACUAAUCUCCACACUUGGUAGGUUCAGAUUUAAACCUUUCAUUUGGUUUCUUUUCUUCAGAUUUCCCAAUUUCUGAGUGAAGUCUGCCAUAGGAACUGCAUACAAACUAAGGGGGUUUAUUGUUAAUUAAAAGCUGUGAGCAUGCUUUCAGUGCUUUGUCUUAACAGGAACAUGGUAAAUGUUUUGUGUUCUUGGAAGCAAAAUAAAGUUCCAUCAGUAAUGGAA